AUGAGCAGUCAAGGCAAGAACUUUUUUUCAGGAAAAGUGCUUAAUGACGUUUUCAGAAAAUUUUUGAAAGAAAUAGCGAAGUUCAACUACUACCUCCGUUCGGAAAAUAUCUUCGUAGCAACAAAGGAGUACUCGCCUACGGAGAAAUUGCGCAAGCCGCGGAGGAGUUUGGCUUUCAUCGCUCUGCUGUUUCGCGAAUAUGGAAGCGAGGCAGUGCCGCAUUGGGGACAGGUGUGGCUGCUGACGUCAAGUCACACAAGCAUGAGCGAGGGAGGAAGAAGGUGGACCGCGUCUCGAUCUGUAAUCGCAUCGCCCAAUCAGCCAGCGCAAAGUUCCGACCUCAACUGCCUGGAUUUAGGGCUGUUCGCCAGCAUUCAGUCUGUGCAGUCGCGCACAACAUCUCGCACAAUUCAAGACAUAAUCCAGGAGGUUGAGCAUGCGUACGAAAUCAUGACUGCAGAAACGCUGAACAAGACAUUCUGGACGCUACAGCUGGUCAUGAAGGAGAUCAUGAAUUGUGAAGGCCGCAACGACUACAAAUUGGCUCACUUUCACAAAGAUAAGCUGAUCCGAGCUGGAAAACUUCCAGCAUCGUUGCAGUGCGAUACUACAAGUUUCGGCCUUGCGCAGCAAUCUAUCCUGGCGCUCGCAGUUGCUUCGUGGAUCGAUCCGCCACUUCCGCAAGCUUCUACUCAGCCUUCUCCGCGCUCUCCCCCGCUCUCCCCGCCAUCACCUACACAUUUUGACCCAUUUCUAUACUUUUAA